GAAAUUCAAUACUAAUUAUUGUCAAAUGGAUCAACAACAGGGAAGUCAACCUUCUUCAACCAAAGUGGAAAGAAAGGUUGUAGAAAAAAAUAGGAGAAACCAGAUGAAGAACCUCUAUUCUCAACUCUACUCUAUUCUUCCUACCUAUAAUCCUAAGGAAGCGGUGCCACUGCCUAAUCAAGUAGAUGAAGCUAUCAACUACAUCAAAAGUCUCGAGAAAAAAGUGAAGACGGCACAAGAGAAGAAAGAAAGGCUAUUGACGGAAAGGGAGAGAACUCGUAGUGGCUUCUCGAGUGCUUCUGAAGCACAAGGAAGCAUGAAGUCUGCAAAAAUCGAUAUUCAUGAAACCGAUUCUUCUCUCCAAGUCUUUCUAACAUGCGGGGUCGAAAACCAGUUCAUUUUCUGUGAAAUUAUUAGAAUAUUGCAUGAAGAGAACGUCGAGGUCAUCUCUGCCAAUUCUUCAAUGGUUGGAGAUUCAAUGCUCCAUGUUGUGCGUGGGGAGAUUCGGCAAUCCUUGUUUCAAAUUGGAGCAACCAAAGUGAGUGAGAGGCUGAAAAGGUUUGUAUACGCAUCUAUCAGUGAUGUGGAAAUGGAAACUGAUUUCUGGGAUUUUGAAAUUGGUAGUGACAUUUGGGAGCUUCUAGAUCCUACAUUAGACAACUGUUUACAACUAGAAGGAGAUAUUGACACCAGCAAUAUUUAA